AUGGAAAAUAUUAUAAGCACAACAAAUACUAUUCAAGGAAAAGCACAAGCUCUUCUCAAAAAAGAAGUAUUAAAUGAAAAUGAAAAAGAAAUAGUUGAAAUGAUUAACGAAUUAGCUAAUGCAUUAAAUAAAACUAUCACAAUUCUUAAUGCACAACCACCUGUAAAGACCGAAUCAAAAACAAAAGAAGAAUUAAAGAAAGAAGAGAAAGAAUUAAAGAAACAAAAACAAAUGGAAGAGAAGAAAUUAAAAAUGGAAAAGAAGGCAGAAAAAGAAAUUGUAAAAGAGAAGAAACCAAAGAAAAAACAAAGACUUAAUGAUGAAAAUAGUGAUGAAGAAAAAGAAGUAAAAGAUGAUAAGAAAGUUAGUUCAUUUGAAGAAAAUAAAGUUUCAAAGCAAACUAAAAACUACGGUAAAAUUUUGCUUGAAGAAGAAGAAGGUGAAGCUCCUACUCCUAAAGAAGAAAAGAAAGAAAAAUACAAAGAAAAAAAGGCUGAUGCCUUAUUAGAUAAAAAAUCAAAGAAAGGAAAGAAAGAUAUUUUCUAUGAAAAUUAA